AUGUACGAGCAGCGCGCUAGCGUCCCAGGCACGCUCCUCGUUAUGGAGCCCGCUACUGUCCACGAGAAGGCAGGCGGGCAGCCGAACACCCCGGGUAUCUACAACGACGCACAGGUUGCAGCGUGGAGAAAGAUCGUCGACGCAGUCCACGCCAAGGGCUCUCACAUCUACCUACAGCCUUGGGCUCUCGGGCGCGCGGCGCGCCCAGAACUAUUUAACAAGGAGUUCCCCAACUGCCCCUACGUUGCGCCUUCGCCGAUCGCGCUCUAA